UCAAAGAUCUCUGAAGUAAGAGUAGCAGACUUAAAAUAUGCAUUCUGUGCCAGAGAUCACAAAACUAGUGAGUAUAAAUGUGAAACAUGCUUAAAAAGAGAUGAAAUUUGUCAACAUACUCUGCUUAAGUGCUCUAAUUGUAAAGAAAAACAUGCAUCUAGCUCAAAAGAAU